CCGGCCGAAGGGGAGCGGGAGGAGGCGUCCGUCGCCCUGAGGGGUUUGGGUGCCGCCGCCGCCGCCGCCGCCGCGGGAGGAGGAGGAGGAGGAGGAGGAAGAGGAGCCCGUUGCCAUGGUGCCCAGCAAAUGCCGGCCGGCCGUCGCCGGGGCUCGACCGGGACACGCCGUCUCGGGCAACAAUUAUGGGCUUCAGCUGGUUCUCCAGAGUACAUCAGCAGCAGAAAGAACGAAACCUCUUGAGUUCAGAUUACACAAAGAGCAGCAGUAUCUUCAUAACAAAUUCUUGCAGCAUGAUCUUGAAAAGAACUAUUCAGGAAAACAAGCCGAUGGAAGAUUAAGUCCUUUAUCACGCUGUAAAAAGUUGUAUGUCCCUGUAGCACCAAAUUUUGCAGAUAUUCCCAGCAUGGAGGUGAAAUAUGGUGCAGGCUCUCUGGCAACAUUUGGAGAUUCCUCCUUUCCUAACCCUUCAAAAUACAGACUUCAACAGGGCUGUCAAAAUGCUAGUCCAAAUAUUUCAGAUAAUAUCACUUAUGGGAACACUGCUUUUCCCCUAGUGCACCGAACUGCAGAAGAGAAAAUGCAGCAUUCUGACAGGCUGACCCUUGAAAGACAAAAGCUGACUGUUUGCCCAAUUAUUGAAGGAGAAGAGCAUCUUCGUCUGCUGAGCUUCCAGCAUAACUGUAUAACACGGAUCCAGAAUAUUUCUAAUUUGCAGCAUCUUGUUUUCUUAGAUCUGUAUGAUAAUCAGAUAGAGGAAAUCAGCGGCCUUACUACACUAAGGUCCCUCCGUGUCCUUUUGUUAGGAAAUAACAGAAUAAGGAGAAUAUCAAACCUGGAUAACCUUGUAAGCCUUGAUGUCUUAGACCUUCAUGGAAACCAGAUUGCUAUCAUAGAAAAUCUCAACCAUUUAAGUGACCUCAGAGUGCUGAAUCUUGCCCGGAAUUGCUUAACAUACAUUGAAAACCUGAAUGGACUAGAUUCACUGACGGAACUUAAUCUUAGAUAUAAUCAGAUCAGAAUUGUGAAAGAUGUGGAUACUUUGCCCUGCCUCCAACGUCUGUUCCUCAGCUUUAACAAUAUAUCUCGUUUUGAUGACAUCUUGUGCCUUGCCGAUUCUGCAUCCCUUUCAGACAUCACCCUUGAUAGCAACCCGAUAGCGCAAGAGGUGUUUUACAAGCAUACUGUUCUCCACCAUAUGAUGCAGCUCCGACAGCUGGAUAUGAAGAAGAUCACAGAAGAAGAAAGGCGCAUGGCAUCUGUUGCCUUACGAAAAGAGGAAGAGAAGAGGCGUGAAAGCCACAAGCAGACCUUACUGAAGGAAAAGAAACGAUUAACUAUUAGCAAUAUUGCCCAUCAGUGGGAGAGCCAGCAGAACCGCUCUGCCCACCUGCCUUCCAGCCAAGAAAACAACGAAGACAAUGAAUCUUCUCAGAACAGCAGGAGUACUCCAUAUGAAUUUCCCGAGGAAACCAGGUCUCUUGAUUCACUUUUGAACAAAGGCACACAAGGGCUGUCUGUCCUGGAUUCACACUUGGUAGAGAUAGAAGGUGACACCGUGUACCUAUAUGGCUCUGGAGCUCUGGAAUCCCUUGAUCGAAAUUGGAGUGUUCAGACGGCUGGGAGCAUCACCACAAUCUCCUUUAAUUUCAUAGACUUUGAUGAAAUUGUUCCAGUGUUGCCAAAACUGAGGAUCAGAUUUCCCAAUUCUCUACACUUGAAAUUUAAGGAGAACAACCUUGCUGUGUUGAAACAGUUCAAUGCCUUAGCCCAACUUCGCCGCCUUGAGCAGCUAACAGUUGAUGCUCAAGGAAAUCCAGUUGUCACCUUCACCCUGUGGAAGUAUUAUGUGAUGUUUAGACUGGGUCAUUUCAACCUGCAAAAAAUAAACGGAAUGGAGGUUACCCAGAAUGACAUGGUCAUGGCCGAAAAUCUCUUUGGUGUCUUAGCAUAUGUGGCAUCUUCAGAUGUACCCUACUGUCGCCUGCUUUCAUUACUCGGAGAUUGCAGGAAGAAACAAUUGUGUUAUCUUUUGGAAGCAAAAGGGAAGAAAUUGGGGACUGCCAGUGAGGAUGGCAAUGAUCGCCGAAAGCUGGGUGGAGAGAAUGCCAGCCGGCUGGCGCUGAAUUACACCACAAGAGAUUCCCAGACAGAAAAGCUGGAGAUAAAUGAAGAAAUCACACCUAGGUUAGGUGGUUUAAAAGAUAUAGAAGAAGAAAGCAAGGAAGCGAAGGACAGGAAGGACUUCUGCCAUUCGUACAUCCAAGACUUGGUGAAGGAAGCGGCUGACAUCAAUAUGAAGAAUGAGUCCUUGCAGAAGCUCUGGCCUCAGAUGUUCAUUGAACUCGUCAGAGAUGCAGUGAUUGAGAUUCGCAAUAAGGAUUCCUACAUGAAGCUCUGCCUGCAGCGGAUCACCUGCCAGAAAUCGUAGGGGCAUGGCUUCCUCUGCCCUUCAGGGUCACUCUACAUUUUCCACAAAGACCAAAAUAGUGUAAAAAUUACCAUCAUUCUAGGACAGUGUGUGUGUGUGUGUGUGUGUGUGUGUGUGUGUGUGUGUGUGUUCCAUUGAAGAAGCCUCAUUUUGACUGUAAAAUGUUCCCUCCUUUGCAUUUUCAGAUGGAGUUCUUUUUGCUUGUUCAAAUAUACACCCGUUUGUCUAUACACCAGCUUAAAGCAGCAAUAUGCAGGUAACUUGGUAUCUGUUUUUUGUGGCGCUGCUCUUUGCUAAAGCACUCAAAUUAAGAGGUAAAAUGUCCCACUCGCUCUUAUCCUCAUCCUUUCAGCUGUUUUCCUGAUUUGGCACUAUUGUUGUUUGGGUUGGGGCAGAACUUCUCAGAUGGAAAUACUGGAUUGGUGGGGAUUGAAAAAUCAAUAAAUUAUUCUUUUUGUAAACUCCAAAUUUGAUCUUUAGAGAAUUGCUUUCAUUUGGUUACAAUGCCACCCUGCAAUGCUAAGCUUAAGGAUUCAGUAGCAAAAGGUACUAAUAGAUCCUGCAAAUACUAAGAAACAAAUCAGGGAUUUUUUAAAAAUAUAUUUUAUUUUUGCAUUUUCUGUUUCGCAUAAACAAAUGAAUUAAAUACAUAUAAUCCCUUUUGACUUCCCUCCCCCCCCAUUGUAGAUUUUAAUGUAAUGAUUUCCCCCUCUGCAUCUCUUUCAUAACUCAAUUUGUUAUAAAUCCUUUGUAAAUCCAUAGUUCAAAUUUUUACUACAAGUUUUCCGUCAAUCCUACAAAUGUAUGUAAUUGUUUACAAUAGCUUUUCAAAUAAAUUAUAAACUUUCCCCAUUCUUUAUUAAAGACCUCCUCUUCCUGGUUUCUAAUUCUUCCUGUAAGUUUUGCCAUCUCGGCGUAGUUCAUAAAUUUUAACUGCCACUCUUCCUUGGUUGGAGUUGUACCCUCUUUCCAUUUCUGGGCUAACAGAGUCCAUGCAGCCGUGGUCACGUACAUAAAUAGUUUUGUCUGGUCCUUCGGGAUCUCUGGUCCUAUAAUGCCUUAAAGAAAAGCUUCUGGUUUCUUAGGAAAAGUUAUCUUCAACAUUUUUUUCAGUUCAUGAUAUAUCAUUUAUCAUCUUACCUGACCACCACAUAGGAUAAAAAGUACCCCCAUUUUCUUUGCAUUUCCAGCACAUUUUAGACUUUGAUUUGUACAUCAUAGCUAAUUUAUAUCAAUUUCAUAUAAUUCUCCUUCAGAGUAUAACACACUAAAUUUUAAUCCUGUUGUCCAUAGUCUCUCCCACGCUGCUCAUUCAGUGUUAUAAACAAAAUCCUUGGCCCAGUGGAUCAUAACCAAUUUGACCUGUUCAUCUUUUGUUUGCCACUCUAAUAAAAGUUUAUACAUUUUGGAAAUUAACAUAAUUUUAUUUCCUAACAGUUUCCUUUCAAACUGGGAGGUUUUAUUUGAAAAACCUUAUUAUCCAACUUAAACAUUUCAUUAAAUUGGUAAUAUUGCAACCAAUCUGUUACUAAUUCCCUUAUAUCUUCAAACCUCUUUAGUUUUAAAUCCUGAUCUACAUCAUUUCACAAUUCUUUAUAGAUUGCCCAAUCAUUUCUCAUACUCUCUUUUUUCACCGAUAUUGCUUCUAGUGGAGAGAGCCACUAUGGUGUUUUUUGUUCCAAUAAAUUUUUACAUUUAUCCGUAUAACAUGGUUCAGAAAAGCUUUAUGAACUUUAACCUUGUCAUACCACAAAUAAGUAUGCCAACGAAAUCUGUUAUCAUGCCUUCAAGAUCUAAUAUGGAACCGUUUCCCAAUGGUAUCCAUUCCUUUAGCCAGCAAAGACAAGAUGUCUCAAAAUAUAAUUUCAAAUUGGUGAGGAGAAUCCGCCUCUCCCUUUAGCAUCAGUCAAUACUUUAUACAGUGGUACCUCAGUUUAAGUAAACAAUUGGUUCCGGAAGUCUUUACUUAACCUGAAGCGAACUUUCCCAUCGAAAGUGGAUUAAUCCAUUCCAAACGGUCCACAGAGUACUUAAACUGAAGCGUACUUAACCUGAAGUGAACUUUCCCAUUGAAAGUAAUGGAAAGUGGAUUAAUCCGUUCUAGAUGGGUCCACGGAGUACUCAACCUGAAGCGUACUUAACCCAAAGUAUGAGUGUAAUUUGUUCUGGAAGUCUGUACUUAACCUGAAGUGAACUUUCCCAUUGAAAGUAAUUGAAAGUGGAUUAAUCCAUUCUAGAUGGGUCCGCGGAGUACUUAAACUGAAAGUACUCAAACCGAAGCGUACUUAAACUGAGGUAUGACUGUACUGUAUUCUUGGUUUCUUCCCCUGCCAAAUAAACCUACAGUAGUGAUAUCUUUUUGCCAUUCUUUAAAAUAUCUUAUAUUGUUUGAAACAAAAAUAACAUUUUUGGUAGCACAUUCAUUUUUAUUGCAGAUAUUCUUCGCAUAAGUGACUAGUUCACCCUUCUAGGCUGUUUUUAACCUCUCUCCAAGCUUUCACAUAAUUAUCUUUAAAAAUAUUUAUAUUCCUCUGUGUUAACCACACUCCUAAAUAUUUAAUUUUCUUUUCAAUCAUUAUUCCUGUUGAUUGUAAAGGUAAAGGGGUACCCCUGGCCAUUAGGUCCAGUCGUGACGCUCAUCUCGCAUUAUUGGCUGAGGGAGCCGGCGUAUAGCUUCCAGGUCAUGUGGCCAGCAUGACAAAGCCGCUUCUGGCGAACCAGAGCAGCACAUGGAAACACCGUUUACCUUCCUGCUGUAGCAGUACCUAUUUAUCUACUUGCACUUUGACGUACUUUCGAACUGCUAGGAGCUGGGACUGAGCAACGGGAGCUCACCCUGUCGCGGGGAUUCGAACCGCCGACCUUCUGAUCGGCAAGCCCUAGGCUCAGUGGUUUAACCCACUGCGCCACUUUUUAAUUUUUUUUUUGGUCAUUCAUGUUUUUCACCAUAAUUUGUAUCUUGUUUUUGUUAAGUUUGAAACCUGCUACCUCUCCGAAUUCAGAAAUUUGUUCUAAAACACUUGGUACGCUGGCCAUAGGUUCCUCUACGGAUAUCACUGCAUCAUCAACAAAUGCCUUGAGCUGAUAUGCUCUCUGCCCCACUGUUAUCCCUUUGAUUUCAUCACUAGAUCUAAUUCUUCUAGUCAGAACCUCUAAAACCAAUAUAAACAAUAACAGUAACAGCCUUGUCUUGUCUUGUCCCCUUAGUUAUUUUAAUUUUUCCUGUUAAAACAUUAAGAAACAAUUGGAAUUGGUCAGCCUGAGGGCUCCUUCACACACCAAAAGAGGUUUUAAGUGUAAUGUGCAAAUCCAACUCACGUUUUGUACAAAUACACACAUUAGGGAUUAGUGUCACGUUCCCUUUGAGCAUACACCUGAUAGCAAAUGCAUGUUUGCCUUUGGAUAAUGUAUGAAGUGGCUCCAAGUUAAAUGAGAACAUACAAUACAGUUCUACAAGCUAAAUGUUUGGGUGCAUUCUUUUUAUAUUCUUUCAAAGCGUUCAGGGUGGGGUUUUGUGUAUGUGUAUUGAACCAUUAUGAUAGAAAAGGAAAGGAAUGGAAAGGGAAGAGAGCAAUAACAUCUGUAGGCCACCAACUCUUUCACACUGUUACAUAAUCUGCAUUUAAGAUUAUCCAGGCAAUGGUUUGGAUUCCUGGUGGAGUGGUCAGUGCAGGAGGCAGUCCUGGAAGAGGAGCAGCUAAACAACUGUUGGUCCCAGCGAGGCCAAUAGAAGGGGCCUCACUGUUCCUCUUCUUCCUGUGAAGCUGCUGAUAGAAGCAGUUCUGGGAGAGGAGCCAUAGGACAGUCCCUGCUAAGUUGAUGUAGGGGGCUUCACUGCCUCCUCUUUUUCCCAGAAGCAGCAAAUGAGACUGGUCUCUGGUGGAGACUGUUGUUUAUAACUAAACAAAAGUGACUCAUAACAGCUUAUUAAAACAAUAUAAACACUUGAACCAGCUAUAGCAAGCACAACCAAGCAUCUGGAAGGCUCCAGGUGCUCCAUCCCUGAUCUUAAAAAAGGCUGCCAGGGUGGCAGGUAGACAUCUAAAAAGAUUGAAAUGCAAAGCUCAAAUGAAGCAUGAGCAUUACAAAUUAGAGCCAGGCAAAAAGUGUUGGCAUUCCCUACAGAAAAAACCUAAGGGCUCUAUGCAGACUCAGAGCAGACUCAUUGAAAUGAAUGCACCAAAGUUAGGCAUGCUCAUCAAAAAUGGAUCUAAAAGGUCUGGCCAUUAAAAAAAUGUAUUUUGUCUAAAAAGAAUUCUUUUGGUGCUAUUGUAGUAAAGCUGGGCAACCUCAGUGAAAUGGCUGCAUCCCCAUAGUUCAGUGGCAGAGUAUCUGCCUUGCACACUGAGGGUCCCAAGUUCCAUCUUGGCAUCUCCAGGGAGGACUGGGAGAUGCCCCUUGUCUGAAACCUUGGAGAGCUACUGCCCUUCAGUGUAAACAUGCUGAACAGGAUGGACCAGUGGACUCACUCAGUAUAAGGCAGCUUCCUGUGUUAACCAUUCAUCUCACUUCUGAAGGUGGGCAAAAGAGGGCGUAGGGAAAGGCUUCUGAGAAUGACCUCAAGGCUCUGGCAGGUUUGUGCAGGAGGCAGGUCAAUUACAAAUCAAACUAACUAACAGCUCUUAUCAGAUUUGUCUUAGGAUGCCUUCCUUGUUGAUCCCAAUUUUUGUUCAGAGGUAUCAGGCAAUUGCAUCCAGGUGAGUGUGAUGUUCCGAUGGAGGGGUGAAUCUGUUCAUUUGCACGUCUCGGGAAGAAUUCUUGCAGCAAGGGGAACUUGGUGUCCUGGUUAUCUGCUUUUUCAGAUUAGGUUUCUUAGCUGAGUGAUCGCCCAGCGUCAUCCCUAAACUAAUACACGGCUAGGAACAUAAUUAUCCUUUGGGUUUCUCACUUCCCCUAAUUUUUUUGUGCAUCUCUUGGCUCAAGGAACAUAACAUACAUCUUAAGAUAAAAUACAUGCAUGUAUUGAGAUAAUAUACUGGUAUGUAUUUUUGUUUUAGAGAUAAGAUUCAUAUUUGAAUAAGAUGCACAUUUUCAUAUGGAUGCAGAGCCAAGACAGUGCAGGCCAUAAAUAGACUGAUCCAUCUAUCCCUGGAGCAUGUACAGCCCCUUCUUCCCCAUGGGAAUGCUUGUCCCUCUGCAUGCACAGUAAGGGCGUGUACCUCCUGAAGCCUUUCACGGGUUGGACAUGUUUUCCCAUUUGUUAUGCAUUCUUGUUCAGAGUAGGAAUCCAGAUCUUGAUGACUAAGGCUGUAUCUUGUUUCCUGCUUUGGAAAGAGGAUCUUAAAGGGAAAAAGAGAAUGUGUGCUCUUUUGUUUAUCUGGAGAGUCUCUGUAGCAUGAAAGGAGCAGCAAUUCAACAUGACGUGCCUUU